UGUAUGUGGUUCAUUGGACAAGGACAGUGACAGUGGGCCGAGAGGGUGGAGCUCAGACACAGAGAUGGUGUGAUGGAAAUAGGAGCGAGUGAGCAGGUAGUCGAAAGGUGUGCAUGUGUGUUUGUAACAUCGUCUUCUUCAUAUCAAUCAUCAUUAAAAUCGCCAUCUUUGAGGACAAGAACCAGCACUCAAGGAGAAGGAAGCAAGCAGACGCCACAUGCAGCUUUGAAGUGGUAUCGUUGCAGGUGAUCGUUGCAGACUCAUCCAUGAAAGUAUUCCAGACUGGUGGUGGACUGUAAAGGGGUUUCCAUGGAUGUUCAAGUGGAAAAGGCUAAAGGAGAUGAGGAGAAGGAAGGAGGGCAAAGUGUGUCUAUGUUCUCCCCACAGCUGAAAGCCAUGAUGCGAAUCAAGAAAAAGUACCUAAAGAGAUCUAAUUCAGUCAGGUUGGCUCAUUGCACCAACUCCGCUGUCUCUGAUGGGAGUUUGCAUCCUAAGAGCCCCCAAACCAGAAAGUCCAAGCGAAGGAAGUCCCGCGUGAUGUUCCCCAAUGACACUCUGAUGUUCAAGCCAAAGAUAGAGCGCAGUCGAGCGAAACCUUUCCUAAUCCUCUUUAGCGUGAUCGUCUUCGUCCAGGUCUACAAUGCCAUUGAGAAUCUGGACGACCAUGUUGUGAAGUACGAUCUUGAGGGUUUGGAGAGGACGUUGCACAGGGAGGUGUUUGGCCAGUCGGAGGCGCUAGAGGAGCUAAUGGACCAUCUGAACGAUUACCUGUCCACUUAUGCCCACCAGCAGCCCCUCGUCCUGUCUUUGCACGGGGCGUCUGGCGUCGGGAAGAGCCACCUGGGUCGCCUAUUGGUGCGGCACUUCCGCUCCGUGGUGGAAGACAAGCUAGUGGUGCAUUAUUUAUCCAAACACCACUGCCCCCUACCGGAAGCAGCGCAGCACUGCGCCUCCACACUGGCUCGCCGUAUAACUGAGGUAGUGACUCGAGCCGAGGAAGAGGAGCAGAUUCCCUUCUUCAUUCUGGAUGAGGUAGAACUAAUGCCACCUCUGGUGCUGGACAUCUUGCAGACGUUUCUUCAGUCAGAUCAGACCAAUGAGUUUCUCAACGUGAUUUACAUUUUACUCAGCAGUCUGGGGCAAAGAGAGAUCUCAGCUCACAUUCUUCAAAACGCCUCCACCGCCGGAGCCCAUAAACCGCUCCGACAGGCCUUGUCUCUCGUCCAUCCGCUAUGGAUGGAGCCAGUAGUCGAGUUUAUACCUCUUUCCCUGCUGGAGCGGGAACACAUCAUACAAUGCUUUCUAGAGGAAAUGACCCUGGAAGGGUUUUACCCCGAACUCAGUCAUGUAGAUAGGCUGGCGGAUGAACUGGCCUAUCACAGAGCGGCUGGAAGACAGUACGCAAAAACUGGAUGCAAACAAGUAGUGGGAAAGGUUAACCUACUUUGAGAGAUCUGAGUGAGUUCUGUAUGAAAAUAUGCACUAUUCAGCUAUUUUCAGUUACACAAAUACAGCUCCUAUCUAAAGAAAGACCGGAAUCGCAAAAACAACUUGCCAAAUACACUACCAUUCGAAAGUUUAAAGGGAUACUCCACUUUUUUUGGAAAGAGGCUCAUUUUACCACUCCCCUAGAGUUAAACAGUUGGGUUU